AUGAGUGCAAUCUCGUGUGUAGCUCACCCUGCACUUUAUGAGUUGGCCCGGGAGGCGCUGGUACGAGUUGAGGACCAUAUAGAUGAUGUGGCGGUACUAAAGGCAUGGAGCUUGGUCUUUAAUGCGCUUUCUAUCAUCAGCAACCGAGAAACGCUAGUACACCAGGAUCGUCUCUCCAAAGCAGAGUGGUAUGUGAAGAAGAAGGAGGUGGAGAAAAGGAUGUGGGACCUUUACAGAGUCAAGCCGGGGCAGUCAGGUUAUAUUGGUAAGGGUGAGGAGUGGUAUAUUAAUGAGCCAUCAGAGGAAGUGAGACAAAAAGUUGCUAAAAUGAAGGGUAGGAAAGUAGUGAAGGACUUCCAGAUGCAAGCAACCCGGGAUCUGGGAAUGUUGAGUUUUGUGCUCACCGCCCAUAGAGAUACAAAUGGAACCAUUUGUGUGUCCUUCCAUGAGCAAAAUGACAAAGCCGGGUUUGAGCUUUUUAGCAAAGUACAACCUAACUGGAAAAACGUAAAAAUAUGGGAGGCUUGGGAAAAGUAUGCACAAAGUCAGUUUUCUGAUAUAGAUGGGUCUGUGCCAAAGGAGAGCCUACCAAGCAAGCAGAAAGAAAAGAUUAAGCUUCCACUCGACGAUAAUGGAUAUCCCAUCCUUGUAGAUGAGGAUCUGUCUUCCCCGGCAACCUUUUCAGAUCUACAGGCUAUCAUCAGGUCUCUCCUAAUGACACAUUACCAGAUUUCCACUGGAAAUGCAAAGGCUUCAGUACCUUGGACCAGCCUUGCGGAGCGCCCAGGCAACUAUAUUGACUUGUCAAAGGGGUACAUACCCCCAGGGUACAGGUUCCGGGAACCAUGA